CCGGGCGGCAGAGAUCUCGGCGUUACACGGGAGAUGGAGCCGGGGAGCGCCCCUCACUGACCGCACACCGUGGAGCCCCCCGGAGGAUCGAGCUCCCCGGCCCCGGCGGCUGCAGCCAUGAACGCGGCGGAGGUCACGGAGGAUGGCGGCGGCGGCGGAGGAACGGAUUCGGAGGUGGAGGCGUUUUUCCGGACAGGUUCUUUCCGGAACGACGGUCUGAAAGCUACUGAUGUCCUGCCGAGCCUGAAGGAGAAAGUGGCCUUUGUAUCAGGAGGCCGUGAUAAGAGAGGAGGCCCAAUCCUGACUUUCCCGGCACGCAGUAACCACGACAGGAUACGACAAGAAGACCUGCGCCGGCUGGUGACGUAUCUGGCCAGCGUGCCAAGCGAGGAUGUCUGUAAGCGUGGCUUCACCGUCAUCAUUGAUAUGCGUGGAUCCAAGUGGGACUUGAUCAAACCUCUCCUGAAGACCCUGCAGGAGGCGUUCCCGGCCGAAAUCCAUGUGGCUCUCAUCAUCAAGCCCGAGAACUUCUGGCAGAAGCAGAAAACCAACUUUGGCAGCUCCAAGUUCAUCUUCGAGACCAGCAUGGUGUCGGUGGAGGGGCUGACGAAGCUGGUGGACCCCUCUCAGCUGACGGAGGAGUUUGAAGGCUCCCUGGAUUACAAUCACGAGGAGUGGAUCGAGCUGCGCGUCUCCUUGGAGGAAUUCUUCAACAGCGCGGUGCACCUGCUCUCGCGGCUGGAGGACCUGCAGGAGAUGCUGGCCAGGAAGGAGUUCCCAGUGGACGUGGAGGGAUCGCGGCGGCUGAUCGACGAACACACUCAGCUCAAGAAGAAGGUGAUGAAGGCUCCGGUGGAGGAGCUGGACCGCGACGGCCAGAGGCUGCUGCAGUGCAUCCGCUGCGGCGACGGCUUCUCGGGCAGGAACUGUAUCCCAGGAGGCGCCGACUUCCAAAGUCUGGUGCCAAAGAUUACCAGCCUCCUGGACAAGCUGCACUCCACCCGACAGCACCUACACCAGAUGUGGCACGUGCGGAAACUGAAGCUGGACCAGUGCUUCCAGCUCCGGCUGUUUGAACAGGAUGCCGAGAAGAUGUUUGAUUGGAUCACGCACAACAAGGAGGUUUUCCUGCAGGGUCACACGGAGAUCGGAAUGAGCUACCAGCAUGCCCUCGACCUGCAGACCCAGCACAACCACUUUGCCAUGAAUUCCAUGAAUGCCUACGUCAACAUCAAUCGCAUUAUGUCGGUGGCCUCGCGUCUGAUUGAAGCCGGACAUUACGCAUCGCAGCAGAUCAAGCAGAUCUCCACGCAGCUGGAUCAGGAAUGGAAGAGCUUCGCCGCCGCGCUGGACGAAAGGAGCACCAUCCUCGCGAUGUCCGCCGUGUUCCAUCAGAAGGCUGAACAGUUCCUGUCCGGUGUGGACACUUGGUGUAAGCUCUGCAAUGACGGCGGGCUCCCGUCUGAGAUGCAGGGACUGGAGAUGGCGAUUCAUCAUCAUCAGACGCUGUACGAGGAGGUGACGCAGGCGUAUGCAGAGGUCAGUCAGGACGGGAAGGCUUUGCUGGAUGUUUUGCAGCGUCCGCUCAGCCCAGGGAACUCCGAAUCUCUCACGGCCACUGCCAACUACUCCAAGGCCGUGCAUCAGGUUUUGGAUGUCGUCCACGAGGUUCUGCAUCACCAGCGGCGGUUGGAAAGUAUAUGGCAGCACCGUAAAGUGCGUCUGCACCAGCGGCUCCAGCUCUGCGUCUUCCAGCAGGACGUCCAACAGGUCCUGGACUGGAUCGAAAAUCACGGAGAAGCAUUCCUCAGCAAACACACUGGAGUGGGCAAAUCUCUCCACCGGGCGCGGGCGCUGCAGAAGAGGCACGACGACUUCGAGGAGGUCGCACAGAACACGUACACCAACGCCGACAAGUUACUGGAGGCGGCGGAGCAGCUCGCUCAGACCGGCGAAUGUGACCCGGAGGAGAUCUACAAGGCGGCCCGGCAUCUGGAGGUGCGGAUCCAGGACUUUGUCCGGAGGGUGGAACAGAGGAAGCUGCUGCUGGACAUGUCGGUGUCCUUCCACAGUCACACUAAGGAGCUCUGGACUUGGAUGGAGGAUCUGCAGAAGGAGUUGCUGGAGGAUGUGUGUGCCGACUCUGUAGAUGCCGUCCAGGAGCUCAUCAAACAGUUCCAGCAGCAGCAAACGGCCACACUGGACGGGACCCUCAAUGUCAUUAAGGAGGGAGAAGAUCUCAUCCAACAACUCAGGGACUCGGCGGUGUCCAGCAAUAAAGCUCCGCACAACAGCUCCAUCAGUCACAUCGAGUCUGUUCUGCAGCAGCUGGACGAAGCUCAGGUUCAGAUGGAAGAACUUUUCCAUGAGAGGAAGAUAAAGUUGGACAUCUUCCUGCAGCUGCGGAUCUUCGAGCAGUACACCAUCGAGGUGACGGCUGAGCUGGACGCCUGGAACGAAGAUCUUCUCCGUCAGAUGAAUGACUUCAACACAGAAGACCUAACCCUCGCAGAACAGCGGCUGCAGCGGCACAAGGAGCGUAAACUAGCCAUGAACAACAUGACAUUCGAAGUCAUCCAGCAGGGACAGGACCUUCACCAGUACAUCAUGGAGGUGCAAGCGUCAGGCAUUGAGCUGAUCUGUGAGAAGGACAUAGACCUGGCCACACAGGUGCAGGAGUUGUUGGAGUUCCUCCAUGAGAAGCAGCAUGAACUGGAGCUGAACGCAGAUCAGACCCACAAGCGCCUGGAGCAAUGUCUGCAGCUGCGCCACCUACAGUCCGAAGUCAAGCAGGUGUUGGGAUGGAUCCGCAAUGGAGAGUCCAUGUUGAACGCCAGCCUGGUGAACGCCAGCUCGUUGUCAGAGGCCGAACAGCUCCAGAGGGAACAUGAGCAGUUCCAGAUGGCGAUUGAGUCUCUCUUCCACGCCAGCUCCUUACAGAAGACGCAUCAGAGCGCCCUGCAGGUGCAGCAGAAGGCUGAGGCGCUGCUCCAGGCCGGCCACUAUGACGCUGACGCCAUCAGGGAGUGCGCAGAGAAGGUGGCCAUGCACUGGCAGCAGCUGAUGCUGAAGAUGGAGGAUCGGUUGAAGCUGGUCAAUGCCUCGGUGGCCUUCUACAAAACAUCUGAGCAGGUGUGCAGCGUCCUGGAAAGUCUGGAGCAGGAAUACCGCAGGGACGAGGACUGGUGCCGCGGACACGAUAAACUGGGGCCAGUGACCUCCGACGGGGACCACGUGAUGCCACUGAUCAGCAAGCACUUGGAACAGAAGGAAGCCUUCCUCAAGGCUUGCACAUUGGCGCGGAGAAACGCCGAGGUUUUCUUAAAAUAUAUUCACCGUAACAAUGUCAGCAUGCCGGGAGUGGCCCCGCAUACCCGAGGGCCCGAACAACAGGUCAAAGCCAUCCUAAGUGAACUGCUCCAGAGGGAGAACCGAGUGCUGCAUUUCUGGACCCUGAAGAAGAGGCGCCUGGACCAGUGCCAGCAGUAUGUGGUUUUUGAAAGAAGCGCCAAGCAGGCUCUGGACUGGAUUCAGGAGACCGGAGAACAUUUCCUCUCCUCGCACACCAGCUUCGGGGAGAGUCUGGAUGAAACUCAGGGUCUGCUGAAGGAAUAUGAAGAUUUCCGCCUUCCUGCCAAGCAAACUAAGGAGAAGGUGCGGCUGCUGAUCCAGCUGGCGGACAGCUUUGUGGAGAAAGGUCACGUCCACGCCACCGAGCUGAAAAAAUGGGUGACGACCGUGAACAAGCUUUACCGCGACUUCUCCCUGCGGAUGGGAAAGUACCAGUGCUCCCUGCAGAGGGCGCUGGGCAUCAGCACUGAGGACAAUAAAGAUCUGGAACUUGACAUCGUUCCGGCCAUUCUGACCGACCCGGAAGUGAAGCUGCGAGACGCCGGCCACGAGGUCAACGAGGAGAAGCGGAAAUCUGCCCGGAAGAAAGAGUUUAUAAUGGCGGAACUUCUCCAGACAGAGAAAGCGUAUGUCCGAGACCUGCACGAGUGUAUGGAGACCUACCUGUGGGAGAUGACCAGUGGUGUGGAGGAGAUCCCCUCCGGGAUUCUUAAUAAGGAGCACAUUAUUUUUGGGAACAUUCAGGAAAUCUACGAUUUUCACAACAACAUCUUUUUAAAAGAGUUGGAAAAAUAUGAGCAACUUCCUGAGGAUGUCGGACACUGCUUUGUCACCUGGGCGGACAAGUUCCACAUGUACGUCACGUACUGUAAGAAUAAGCCGGACUCCAGUCAGCUGAUCCUGGAACACGCCGGCGCCUUCUUUGAUGAGAUCCAGCAGAGACACGGACUGGCCAAUUCCAUCUCCUCGUAUCUCAUCAAACCCGUGCAAAGGAUCACAAAGUACCAGCUGCUGCUCAAGGAGCUUCUGACCUGCUGUGAGGAGGGCAAAGGCGAGAUUAAGGACGGCCUGGAGGUGAUGCUCAGCGUGCCGAAGAGGGCCAACGACGCCAUGCACGUCAGCAUGCUGGAAGGGUUUGACGAGAACCUGGAUGUUCAGGGCGAGCUCAUCCUCCAGGAUUCCUUCCAGGUCUGGGACCCCAAAUCUCUGAUCCGCAAGGGGCGGGACCGGCACCUCUUCCUGUUCGAAAUCUCCUUGGUGUUCAGCAAAGAGAUCAAGGACUCGACGGGACACACGAAAUACGUCUACAAGAACAAGCUGCUGACCUCUGAGCUGGGGGUGACGGAGCACGUCGAAGGGGACUCUUGUAAAUUCGCCUUGUGGUCGGGUCGCACGCCGUCCUCCGAUAAUAAAACCGUGCUGAAGGCAUCAAGUUUAGAAGUAAAACAGGAAUGGAUCAAAAACAUCCGAGAGGUGAUCCAGGAGAGGAUGAUCCACCUGAAGGGCGCCUUAAAGGAGCCGGUCCAGCCCCCGAAGACCCCGGCCAAGCAGAGGAACAACAGCAAGAGGGAUGGAUUGGAGGAUCUGGACAGUCAGGGGGACGGCAGCAGCCAGCCGGACACCAUCUCUAUCGCAUCGCGGACGUCACAGAACACUGUGGACAGCGACAAGUUGUCGGGGGGCUGUGAGCUGACCACCGUCCUGCAGGAUUUCAUCGCCAUCCACAGCAAUGAGCUCAGCAUCCAGGUGGGUCAGACGGUGGAGCUGCUGGAGAAGCCGAGUGAACGGCCCGGAUGGUGCCUGGUCCGAACCACAGACAGGAGCCCCCCGCAGGAAGGGCUGGUCCCCAGCAGCGCCCUGUGCAUCUCGCAUUCCCGCAGCAGUGUGGAGAUGGAAUGUUUCUUCCCGGCAGGAAAAGAUGCAUUUUCUGUAUCUGGGGGAGAAAAUGGCGGCAAGACCGACUCCGUGGCCAAUUUACAGCCGCAGUCAUCGCUUAAUUCAAUCCAGAGCUCGCCGGGACCCAAGCGCUCCACCAACACGCUGAAGAAGUGGCUGACGAGUCCGGUGCGGCGGCUGAACAGCGGGAAGGCCGACAGCAACAUCAAGAAGCAGAAGAAGCGGGCGGGAAACCUGGGCUCCCCCCGAGCAAACGACGACACCACCCCGCAGGGCGACAGCGCCGACGAGAAGGGUAAGAGAGGAUGGGACGAAGAGGCCGACGACGACUCGCACACUCCGCUCCCUCCGCCUAUGAAGAUCUUCGAUAAUGAACCAGCACCAGACGACAAGCCUUCCUUACUUGUGACCCGUCAGAGCUCGGCAGAGGUGCCCAGUGCCGCCGAGCUGGUCAGUGCUAUAGAGAAUCUGGUCAGGAGCAAGAUGACGAUCGAUGGCGGCCCCUAUAGAAGCCCUCAGACCAGUUCUGUACCUGAUGGGUACAGUAAUGAAGGGAUGUCCCUGCCACCCGCCCCCCGGAACCACGAGGAGGAGCAGAAAGCGAAAGCUCUGAGGGGGCGAAUGUUUGUGUUAAAUGAGUUGGUGCAAACAGAGCGAGAUUACGUGAAGAACCUGGGUGUGGUGGUGGAGGGCUUCAUCCCCAGGAUACAAGAGAAAGGGACAUCGGAGGAUAUGAACGGGAAGGACAAGAUCGUGUUUGGUAACAUCCACCAGAUCUACGACUGGCACAAAGACUUUUUCCUGGGGGAGCUGCAGAAAUGUCUCCCGGAGCCCGAGCGGCUGGCCCAGCUUUUCAUAAAACAUGAGAGAAAAUUGCACAUGUACGUGGUAUACUGCCAGAACAAACCGCGCUCCGAAUACGUAGUCGCUGAGUACGAUUCCUUCUUUGAGGAAGUGAAACAGGAAAUCAACCAGCGCUUCACGAUCAGCGACCUCCUCAUUAAACCGAUCCAGCGGAUCACUAAGUACCAGCUGCUGCUGAAGGACUUUCUGAAGUACAGCCAGAAGGCCUGUCUGGAGUGCGCGGAGAUCGAGAAAGCCGUGGAGUUAAUGUGCCUUGUACCGAAACGCUGCAACGACAUGAUGAACCUGGGGCGGCUGCAGGGAUUCGAGGGUAAGCUGACCGCCCAGGGCAAACUCCUCCAGCAGGACACCUUCUUCGUCAUUGAGCAGGAAUCUGGUCUCCAGUCUCGACCUAAAGAGAGGAGGGUUUUCCUGUUCGAGCAGAUCGUCAUCUUCAGUGAACUUCUCCGGAAAGGUUCCUCCACCCCGGGAUACAUGUUUAAAAGAGGCAUCAAGAUGAAUUACCUCAUCCUGGAAGAGAACAUGGACAACGAUCCCUGUAAAUUCGCUCUGAUGAGCAGAGACACCUCCGAGAGGGUCAUUCUCCAGGCCGCCAACGCCGAGAUCACGCAGGCCUGGGUGCAGGACAUCAGCCAAGUGCUGGAGACCCAGAGAGACUUCCUGAACGCGCUACAAUCACCGAUAGAAUACCAGCGCAAGGAAAGUAACGCUGCCAUGACCAAGCCGCAGCUCAGCCGGGCGCCCACCCCCAGCAGCAGACCCCUCUCCACCACACCCAUGGGCUCCGAAAAAUGCGUCAACCUCCCGUCCCGGAAUCCGUCAUUACCGCAAAGGAUAAUACCUACCUCCAACGGCAGCCCCGGGUAUGAUGUGUACCAGCCCGCAGAGAAGUACGACUGCAGCCAGAACGAGCUGGCCGGGUGUAACGGGACCACCUCCAUGGCUGUUACACAAGAUUACUAUGCACUGAAGGAGAACGAGAUCUGCGUCUACCAAGGGGAAAUUGUCCAAGUCCUGGCCAUCAACCAGCAGAACAUGUUCCUGGUCUACCGGCCAUCCAACGACCACUCGCCGGCAGCCGAAGGCUGGAUCCCUGGCUCCAUUUUGGGGCAAAUUACAAAACCUUCUGCAGACAGUAACGACAGAGGCAUCAAGAAGUCAUGUUCUUGGCACACGCUCCGCAUGAGAAAACGGGACGGCAAGGAGGCAAACGGCCAGUGUAAAACCAUGGAGGGUCUGGGCAGCAAGGUAAAAGAUCACAACAGCUCCGAGGAGUCCGAGUGCGACGACUUUGACCUCAGUACUAGUAUGGAGAUCAUGAAUCCAAAUUUCAUACAGGAAGUGGCUCCGGAGUUCCUCCUAAACCUGGCGGACGUCAUCUGUGUAGUGGGCGACACUGUGAUUUUACACUGUAAGGUGUGCGCGCGGCCGAAGCCUAACAUCACGUGGAAGGGCCCGGACCAGAGCGUCCUGGAUGGAGACAGCAGCGCCUGCACCAUGUCGGCCAGUGAGUCUGGAGACAUCCGACUGAGGAUCUGUAACCUCAUGCCUCAGGACAGCGGCAUCUACACCUGCGUGGCGACAAAUGAGCAUGGCUCCGCCUCCACAUCUGCCACCAUCAAAGUUCAAGGUGUCCCCGGGGCCCCCAGCCAGCCCAUUGCUCAGGAAAGAAGCAGCACCUCUGUCAUCCUCCGCUGGCUACCGCCCUCCAGCACCGGCAACUGCACCAUAUCGGGGUACACGGUGGAGUACAAGGAUGAAGCUUCUCCGGUAUGGCAGCAAUCUGUUGCCUCAACCCUGGACACUUACCUUGUGUUGGAAGACCUAAAGCCAGGAGGUACCUACCAGUUCAGGGUCAGCGCCAGCAACCCCUGGGGCAUCAGCCUUCCCAGCGUCUCCUCUGAGCCCGCCCGACUGCCCGAGAACGAUGCAAACACGUAUGGAGCCGCCAUAUGCUGGAAGGAGAACUUUGAGCAAAUGUACCUGGAGCAGCAAGAGAUAGGAAGGGGAAGGUUUUCUGUGGUGAAAAAAUGUGUCCAGAAGAAUUCCCGGAAGGACGUCGCAGUGAAAUUUAUAAAUAAGAAACUGAAGAAGCGAGAACAAGCGGCGCACGAGGCGGCCCUGCUCCAACACCUGCAGCACCCGCAGUACAUCACCCUGCACGACACCUACGAGUCCCCCACCGCCUACAUCCUCGUCCUGGACCUGAUGGAGGAUGGGCGGCUGCUGGAUUAUCUAAUGAACCACGAUGAGUUAAUGGAGGAGAAGGUGGCAUUUUAUAUUCGGGACAUCAUGGGCGCCCUCCAGUACCUGCACAGCUGCCGCGUUGCCCACUUAGACCUGAAGCCGGAGAAUCUGAUGAUCGACCUUCGGAUCCCGGUUCCGCGGGUGAAGAUCAUUGACCUGGAGGACGCCGCGCAGAUCGCCGGCCAUCAUUACAUCCACCACCUGCUGGGGAAUCCUGAAUUUGCUGCUCCAGAGAUUAUUAAAGGGGCGCCGGUCUCCCUGGCGACGGACAUUUGGAGUCUGGGGGUGCUGACCUACGUGAUGCUGAGCGGGGUGUCGCCCUUCCUGGAUGAGAGCAGAGAGGAGACGUGCGUGAACAUCUGCCGCGUGGACUACUCCUUGCCCCCGGACUACUUCUCCAGCGUCAGUCCAGCGGCUCAGGACUUUGUCCGGGCGACGCUGCAGGAGGAAACGCGCUGGAGGCCCACGGUGGCCACGUGUUUGCUACAUCCGUGGCUUCAGCCACAUUACAGUAAUUAUUCCAAAGUCCCCUUGGACACCACGCGCCUGGCGACCUUCAUAGAAAGGCGCAAACACCAGAGCGACGCCCGACUGCUGCCCAACGCCAAGAGCUUUAUCGUCAGCCGCAGCGCGAUGGGGACAUGAUGGCGGCACAGUCGUGGUACUGGUUCAUUGACGGAGGCCGCGCUGUGUACAGUAUUAAGACAAAUCUGUGGCGCGGGGGCGUGUCCUCGCGGCCACAUUCACCAUGUUCUGUGUGAAUUAUUCUAGGACUCGGAUCACUCUUGGUGCUGUCCAAUGAACGGUUUAACCCUUACUGCUGCUAUGGUCACAUGACCCGCCUGGUCCUCAGACACUGGAUUCCGACUGUUACUGUUUAUAAUGUACCGUAAAUAUCUUGCGCUCUGUGAAACAAUCCCGCGACCGGAACCGAGAUCGGAGAUAUCACUGUGCAAUCGCUGGACGCCAUCCCCUCCCCCGAGCGCUUUAUUUAUUUAUUUAUUUAUGAUUUUGGGUUUGACUGUGGAGAUGAAGGGGUUAA